CGAUCCCCGUACAGCCUCAACGCAAAGCCUGCAAGCUCCAGUCCGCAAAUGACAUUGGCAGACCAGUCUCAUUUAGCACUUCUUCCAAGGCCCAAGCCUCGUAUUGUGAACGCUCAUCUUCUACCCACAACUACAAGGCUAACAGCAAUCAAAAUGCGCCCGAUGACUUUACGGAACAUAAGCGAGGGCGUUGGAUAGAACCUUGUUAUAUAUAGACCCUCCCUGUCAUAUAAAGAUGUCCAUACCCCCAGCUCUGAGCGAACAUCACCUAAAACAAUCAUACCACUCAAUCAAAUCACCAUGGACUCCGAAAAGAUCAACCCCACAACACUCCAGCCCAGAAACCCACCAUGCACAGGCCGCGCCUAUAGUCCCAGUCCCCCAAAACGCACACAUGCAGCCUCAAUCUCAUUCACCCCUCCCAAAAGACUACCACCAGCAGCAACAACAGUUCGCGCACCCCCAGCGCCGGGAUACUACGCCGCAGCGCCCGGGAUGGGCCACCCAAGCGGGUACAACACCGCGACACCAAUGCACGCGCUGCAGCGCGGGCCGACGCCCGUUGACUGUCCCGUCUGCGGACAACGGGAGAUGACGCGCGCGGAGACGCAUUCGGGGAAUACCACGCAUGGGUGGGCGGCUGUGCUGUGCUGCUGUUUCUGUCUUGGGUGUAUACCCUACCUGAUGUCGUCGCUGAAGGAUGUGGACCAUUACUGUGGGAAGUGUGGGGUGAUGUUGGCGACGUGGCAUAAUAGUGGAAGGGUGGAUGUGCAUCAUGCGGUUAGGAAUUAGGUGUCUUAGUUGUUUUUGUUGUGUGUAUGUGUAUGUGUAUGUGUGUGUGUGUGUGUUCGUUUAUGAUACCAGAAAACAUAGUUUUUAUCUUCUUUUUCUGAAUUUGAAUGGUGCCACCGC